UCCGUUACGUUGCAGCAGAGUUACAGUCUCACACGAGAAAGGAGCAGAGGGACUGAACAGCUGACCACCUCGCGCAAAUUUGAACGUGAUGGAAAGGACCGAGAUCUUUUUAUUCGCCUUCCUCGCGUGUAACUACAUCUGCCACAUCUUCUUCGUCACGUGGAUUUACGUUUUUCGGGCACCCACUGAUUUUACCAACUAUGAAUUGACUAAUUGAAGUUGGGCCACCUGGUCCUGUUUGCGCCAGGACAACCGACCACAAUUAGAGCAAGCUAAGUCGUUAUGGACAGUUGUGCAAAUUGUGCAUUUCCUCCUCAUAGAACUGGUGUCAAAAGCAGAUUUUCAAUCACAGGAUAGCCUACCACAUCUAUUUACGCGUAAAGGACGUGGACAUUACGGUUCCAUUCAACGCUGCCUGAAAUACUCUGCGCUAUGUUUUAGUAAUUAUGGGGAAAAGAUGUAGUUAGAAUAGAGAGUGUGUUUGUGUGUUAGUGUGUUUCUGCCGGCUUUGAUGUGAUAGUGGCGGCCAGCUUUUUAUUGCGCUCAUACCAAUUGUGCGCUGCAGUUUAGCCGCUCCGUUACCACAGGCGAUCCACCGCAGCAGGACCUGCAGUCUUUGACAGGCAACAGGCCUCAGGAACCUUUGUGAAAGGUUUCACUGAAAAUCCUUUUUCAAGUCCUGUAAUUUGAACUUUCUCUGCAACCAAGAGAGUUUUUAAAGUUGUAUCCAAGUGCACCUGUGAGGCAGGAGUAAACCAUGGCUUUACCAGAUAGUGGCAUAUCUGGGGAGGAGGUGCCCUUCCCAGAGAUUAUAGAGCUCAAUGUUGGUGGCCAGGUGUACAUAACCCGCUAUUCUACCCUCACAAGUGUGCCAGAAUCUCUGCUAUGGGAGAUGUUCAGUCGAAAGUCAGCCAAAGGACUGGCCAGGGACACCAAGGGUCGCUUCUUUGUGGACCGUGACGGUUUUCUCUUUCGAUACAUCCUGGACUACAUGCGGGACCAGCAGCUGGUUCUUCCAGACCACUUCCCUGAGCGUGGGCGUCUGCAGAGGGAGGCUGAGUUCUUCAACCUGCCCGAGCUUGUCAAGCUACUGGCGCCCAAAAUCAGCAAGCAGAACUCCCUUGGCGACGAGGGGUGUCAGAGCGACCCAGAGGACUCCUCACCUGGGAUUGACACAGCCCGUAACCUCAGCUCCCUGGGUGCUGCUGCUGCUGCCUGUGCCAGCCUGGUGCCUGGUGCCAUGGAUGGGAAACGCUCCGGGUUCAUCACUAUCGGCUACAGAGGCUCAUACACCCUGGGUCGUGACAGCCACACCGAUGCCAAAUUCCGCCGGGUGGCACGGAUCAUGGUGUGUGGGAAGACCUCUUUGGCCAAAGAGGUGUUUGGAGAAACGCUGAACGAGAGCCGUGACCCUGACCGCCCCCCUGAGCGCUAUACAUCCCGCUACUAUCUCAAGUUCACCUUUCUGGAGCAGGCUUUUGACAAGCUGGCUGAUGCAGGCUUCCACAUGGUGGCCUGUAAUUCCACAGGAACCUGCGCCUUUGCCCAUGAGCAGACGGACGACAAGAUCUGGACCAGCUACACUGAAUAUGUGUUCUACCGUGAGUGAGACUAUCGGCUUUGUUCCCCCGGUAACCCCUCCCGCCCCCACCUCUCCAGCCUUCAGCCAUCCUGUCCUUCUCUCUCUGAUGGCUCCUGCACCAGUAGAUGUACUGUAGAUGUUGUGCCCUUCCAUAUCUCUCUGCAGUUUCCAGCUUUUAUCCUGUGAACAUUACCCAGCAGCUGCUCUGACUCUUCAUACCUUCUCUGCAGCUCUGCCCCCCCACCCCCUCGAUUCCAUUCCCCUCAUCCUCAGGUCCAGCUUUUGCUCUCGCCCAAACCGCCGCUCCAUCUAGUUGUAGCCCCCAGUCCUCAACCACAGCAACCCCAAAUCCUUUUCUGCAGAGACUGAUACCUUCUAUGUACUAUUCCCUUUUGUACUCUACAUAUUGCAUCUGCCUUGGUGAAGCACAAUACUGUAUCCAAGAGCUAACUUUGUUAAAUAAGAGCCUCGGGUGUGUCUAUAUGACUAUUGAACCAGUCAUAAGGGCAUAAGGGAAAGGGCUUCAAAGAAUGGCCGUGAUGUACAGUGCUUUUCUUGGCCUGCUUACUCGAGCAGAUCGGACUCUCUCCUGCUCAUCUGAACUAAAUUACCAAAUAAUUGGACAUCUUAUCAGCCUUGAGGGACGUGAGCAGCCCCAGCACAAGAAAGAAGUGUAACACAAAAAUCUAAUUUCCUUCAGUUUUUAUUAAAUGUGUCCAGUACCAAGUGGUUGGGAACGUGCCAUAAUGUAGUUUAUCUGUUCAGUUGUUGUUAUGAAUGAAUGAGGGUUGUGAUAAUAUAGCCACAUGGAGAUGCAUUGAAGUUUUUAUUUUGAAAGGGAAGAGUAGAUCGUAGGAGUGUGGAGUUUCCUUUUUAAAAAGACGCUAGUUGUGUGGCGAAUCAACAAGCAACAGUCUUUGAUAAAAAAAAAAAAAGAUGAAAGCUCAAAUAUCAGGCAGGAAAAAAAUGGUUGCCAGAUGAAGUGUGUAUUGAUUUUUGAGUUGUGCAAUGGAGCUUUCAGUAUUUUAAUCACCCACGCUGGGAGAGCAGAUGCAAGAUGUAACAUCACUCACAGCCCCACUGCUCUAUUGUUUUUUGCUAAUUGUGCAUUUGUUUGCUCAAUUACAUAUUUAAGAGCAUUUUAACAAUGAAGUGCUUCUUUGGGGCAGGCUUACACCAUGACUACAUGUUGUUUCCCAAAAAAAAAAAAAAAAGUGGUAGUCACCUUAGCGGAUCACGUUUUGAGUGUUCUGUAAACAAUCAUGUUAAUCUUAAUACUCAGUCCAGUAUUAGUGGAAGAUGUUGCAUAUUUGAUGGUAGCUCUCACUCACUGUAAGUGAAUACCCAUUAGAAAGGCUAGGAUUACACUGUAGCCAGCCAAAGCUCAAUGUUUUCUCACCACCGUAGCAAGGGCAUUGUGAGGGCAGUUUAUAGUGAGCGGGUAUAACUUAAGUUAUAAAGGAGCGAGUGAAGAAAGAGGGUCGUUUCCAGAUACAGCCUCAGGAAAGGUAUGCACAUCAUAUACCUCAGACUAAAACACAAACUGAAGGCACUUCAAUCCAACAAAAGUUCCAGCUGAUGAUGUAAAAAUGCAGACACAGUUAGGAAAAUAUCCAAAAUGCAGUUGCCGUAAUAAGAAUGAUGAAUAAGGGGUUUAAUAUAAAGUGGAUUUUGAGUUGAGAAACAGCCGCUGAGGCAGUAUAGUGCAGGAUUUCUCCUGAGCUAGAAGGUGUCAGGUUGUAGUUUUGGCAGAAUGUCUGACAGUGACAAUAAAUGUAUUCUGAAAUGUCUAGAAACCGCAAUGUUGUGUUUCAGUGUGAUGAAGUACUGUUGACAUCUGAGUCAAUAUGUUAGACCUGCUGCAGUGUGUGCUGAAAUUAAAAGUGUUCAGCAAAAGGCAAACUGAUUUGUCAAAUAAAGAUGUUUUCUUUCUA